CCAUGUCGACUGGGGACAGUCUGGAGACUCGCUUUGAGAAGAUCGACAACCUGCUGCGCGACCCCAAGUCCCAAGUGAAUUCCGAUUGUUUGCUGGAUGGAUUGGAUGCUUUGGUGUAUGACUUGGAUUUUCCUGCCCUGAGAAAAAACAAAAAUAUUGACAACUUUCUAAGCAGGUAUAAAGACACAAUAAAUAAAAUUCGAGAUUUGCGCAUGAAAGCUGAAGAUUAUGAAGUGGUGAAAGUGAUUGGGAGAGGUGCAUUUGGAGAAGUCCAGUUGGUGAGGCAUAAAUCCACAAAGAAGGUUUAUGCUAUGAAACUUCUAAGCAAAUUUGAGAUGAUAAAAAGAUCGGAUUCUGCUUUCUUUUGGGAAGAAAGAGACAUCAUGGCAUUUGCUAACAGCCCCUGGGUGGUGCAGUUAUUUUAUGCAUUCCAAGAUGAUCGUUACCUCUACAUGGUAAUGGAAUAUAUGCCUGGUGGAGAUCUCGUGAAUUUAAUGAGCAACUACGAUGUCCCUGAAAAGUGGGCCCGCUUUUACACUGCUGAAGUCGUUCUGGCAUUAGAUGCCAUCCAUUCAAUGGGUUUUAUUCACAGAGAUGUGAAACCUGAUAACAUGCUGCUGGACAAAUCUGGUCACUUAAAACUAGCUGAUUUUGGUACUUGUAUGAAAAUGAAUAAGGAAGGUAUGGUACGAUGUGAUACAGCAGUUGGAACGCCAGAUUAUAUUUCUCCCGAAGUAUUAAAAUCCCAAGGAGGCGAUGGCUAUUAUGGUCGGGAAUGUGACUGGUGGUCAGUUGGAGUUUUUUUAUACGAAAUGCUUGUAGGCGAUACUCCUUUUUAUGCAGAUUCACUUGUUGGCACGUACAGUAAAAUUAUGAACCAUAAGAAUUCACUUACCUUCCCUGAUGAUAAUGAUAUAUCAAAAGAAGCAAAAAAUCUUAUUUGUGCCUUCCUCACUGACAGAGAAGUGAGAUUGGGCCGAAAUGGUGUGGAAGAAAUCAAGCGUCACCUCUUCUUCAAAAAUGAUCAGUGGGCUUGGGAAACCCUCCGAGACACUGUUGCACCGGUUGUGCCUGAUCUUAGUAGCGAUAUUGAUACAAGUAACUUUGAUGACUUGGAGGAAGACAAGGGAGAUGAAGAGACAUUCCCUAUACCAAAAGCUUUUGUGGGCAAUCAGUUGCCUUUUGUGGGAUUUACCUACUAUAGCAACCGAAGGUAUUUAUCUGUACCUCCAGCAAAUCCUAAUGACAAUAGGAGCAGCUCCAACGUGGAUAAAACUUUGGUAGAAAAUUUGCAGAAAACAAUUUACAAGCUGGAAGAACAACUCCAUAAUGAAAUGCAGUUGAAAGAUGAAAUGGAGCAGAAGUGUAGAACUUCAAGUAUGAAACUAGACAAGGUUAUGAAGGAACUGGAUGAAGAGGGAAAUCAAAGGAAAGGUUUAGAGUCUACAGUGUCUCAGUUCGAAAAGGAAAAAAUGUUGCUCCAACAUAAAGCAAAUGAGUACCAAAGAAAAGCUGAUCAGGAGAACGAGAGGAGACGGAAUGCAGAAAAUGAAGUGUCUACAUUAAAAGAUCAGUUAGAAGAUCUGAAGAAAGUCAGUCAGAAUUCACAGGCUGCAAAUGAGAAGGUGGCCCAGUUACAAAAGCAGCUAGAAGAAGCCAAUGACUUCCUAAGGACCGAAUCGGACACAGCAGGAAGAUUAAGGAAAAGCAACACAGAGAUGAACAAAACAAUAAGUCAGUUAGAGUCUCUGAACAGGGAACUUCAGGAGAGGAACAGAGUAUUAGAAAGUUCCAAAUCACAAGUGGACAAGGAUUAUUACCAGCUGCAAGCCGCCUUGGAAGCUGAACGGAGGGAUAGAAGUCAAGGAUCUGAAAUGAUUGGAGAUCUACAAGCUCGAAUUACGUCUUUACAAGAAGAAGUGAAACACCUCAAACAUAAUCUUGAGAGGGUAGAAGGAGAAAGGAAAGAGGCUCAAGAUCUGCUCAAUCACUCUGAAAAGGAAAAGAAUAAUUUGGAAAUAGAUUUGAAUUACAAGCUCAAAUCACUACAACAGCGACUAGAACAGGAACUAAAUGAGCAUAAAGUGACCAAAGCCCGGCUAACUGACAAGCAUCAAUCUAUUGAAGAGGCAAAAUCAGCAGCAAUGUGUGAGAUGGAAAAAAAAGUGAAGGAAGAGAGGGCAGCCCGGGAGAAAGCUGAAAAUAGAGCUGUUCAGACUGAGAAAAAAUGUUCUAUGCUGGAUGUUGACCUGAAGCAGUACCAGCAGAAGCUGGAGCAAGUCACUGAACAAAAACGGAGGUCAGAGGAUGAGGCAAAAAAUCUCAGUCUUCAGUUGGAACAGGAGAUAAAUAAACGGCUGCUAACACAGAAUGAACUGAAGAGCCAGGCCCUUGAGGCAGACCAUCUGAAAGGUUCAGAAAAGCAAUUGAAACAGGAAAUCAAUACAUUGUUGGAAGCCAAAAGAUUACUGGACUUUGAGUUAGCUCAGCUCACAAAGCAGUAUAGAGGAAAUGAAGGCCAGAUGCGGGAACUACAAGAUCAGCUUGAGGCUGAACAGUAUUUUUCGACACUGUACAAAACUCAGGUAAAAGAACUUAAAGAAGAAAUUGAAGAGAAGAACAGAGAAAAUCUAAGGAAAAUACAAGAACUGCAUAAUGAAAAAGAAACUCUUGCAGCACAAUUGGACCUAGCCGAGACAAAGGCUGAGUCAGAACGGUUGGCUCGAGGGCUCCUAGAAGAACAGAAUUUUGAGUUGACUCAAGAAUACAAGAAAGCCUCCUCACGAAAUAGGCAAGAAAUUUCAGAUAAGGACCACACCGUUAGCCGGUUGGAAGAAAACAACAGUACCUUAACCAAAGAUGUUGAGUUUUUAAAAAAAGAAAAUGAAGAGCUGACUGAGAAGAUGAGAAAGGCAGAUGAAGAAUACAGAUUGAAGAAAGAAGAGGAAAUCAGUAAUCUCAAAGCUGCUUAUGAAAAGCAUAUUAACACUGAAAGGACCCUGAAAACCCAGGCUGUGAACAAGUUGGCAGAGAUAAUGAAUCGCAAAGACUUUAAAAUUGAUAGGAAGAAAGCAAAUACCCAAGAUUUGAGAAAGAAAGAAAAAGAAAACCGAAAACUCCAACUGGAUCUCAAUCAAGAAAAAGAGAAAUUCAAUCAGAUGGUGGUGAAAUACCAGAAGGAACUCAACGAAAUGCAAGCGCAAUUGGUGGAAGAGUCCACCCAUCGGAAUGAGCUUCAGAUGCAGCUGGCCAGCAAAGAGAGUGAUAUAGAGCAAUUACACAGUAAACUUUCAGACCUUCUACUUGGAAUGGAUUCUGGCAGUGUGGCCAGCCUUCAGGCUGAUGAGACUGAUGGGAACCUUGUAGAGUCCAGAAUUGAAGGUUGGCUUUCAGUGCCCAACAGAGGAAAUAUAAAACGAUAUGGCUGGAAGAAACAGUAUGUCGUAGUAAGCAGCAAAAAAAUUUUGUUCUAUAAUGAUGAACAGGACAAGGAACAAUCUAAUCCAUCUAUGGUUCUAGACAUAGAUAAAUUAUUUCACGUUAGACCUGUAACCCAAGGGGAUGUAUAUAGAGCAGAAACUGAAGAAAUCCCAAAGAUAUUCCAGAUCCUCUAUGCGAAUGAGGGUGAAUGUAGGAAAGAUUUGGAGUUGGAUCCAGGUCAGCAAGCAGAGAAGGCUAACUUUCAAAAUCACAAAGGCCACGAGUUUAUUCCUACACUCUACCACUUUCCAGCCAACUGUGAGGCCUGUGCCAAACCCCUGUGGCAUGUUUUCAAGCCACCCCCUGCUGUGGAGUGCCGAAGGUGUCAUGUUAAGUGCCAUAGGGAUCACUUAGACAAAAAGGAAGAUUUAAUUUCUCCAUGCAAAGUGAGCUAUGAUAUAACGUCAGCAAGGGAUAUGCUACUGUUGGCAUGUUCCCAGGAUGAACAGAAGAAAUGGGUUACUCAUUUAGUAAAAAAGAUCCCCAAGACUCCACCAUCCAGUUUUGUCCGUGCUUCCCCAAGGACACUUUCUACAAGAUCCACUGCAAAUCAGUCUUUCCGAAAAGUUGUCAAAAAUACAUCAGGGAAAACCAGCUAACCACCGUUGUGGCAUCUAUUGGAAUCUAGCAAGACGCCACCUGAGAACCUGGGCUUCUUUAACCAUGCAGAGCGGACAGGCACGAAUCACAGGCUUCAGGGUUAAGAUUGCUGUUAUUCUCUCCUCCUUGCUUUGCACAAAAGCACGCAGAGGGUAUCAUUGUGGGUUUGCCUCCAGGUAGAUUAGAUUAAUUAUUACUAUGUAAUGCAAGUACAAGCAAAUACAAGCUUAGCUAGAUACAUGAAAAAGGUGCUGCCUUUUUGGAUUUCUACAAAAACGCCUAUCAGUCAUGAUGGAACACAUAUGAGUCAGAGCGAAAGGGACAAUUUCCCCUGGGGAAUGACUGUCAUCAAGAUCAGUGUAACAAAGGAAUAAAGGAAAUAUCUCAAAGUGAGACAGACUGAAAUUUAUUUGAAGACUCAAUGUUUUUACGCUCCUGGAAGAUUUCAAACUUUCAGAGAAGCUUUUUUCCUCCCUCGACCCAGCGUCUUCACUGGAGAGUUAAACAGCCUGGACCAGAUCUGGGAGUUCAAUCUGUUCUAUUUUGCUUUACAAAAUACUGUAGAUUCAGGGGUGGGAGAAGAUAAAACCAAUUCCAUUUAAUCUAUGCAUCUUUGCCAAGCCAUACUGAAUUAUUCUAAUCCUAGAGGCAUUAGGGACUGAGUGUUCAAGAGAACCAAGUUGGAAAGCAUAUUGUGGGGUACAUCAAUUCUGUGAUUUUUUUUUUAAUGGAUUUUCUUAUGGUUUAAAGUGAUAAAGACAUUGUUAACAAACAUAUAAGAAAUGUAUGCACUGUUUGAAAAGUAAAUUAUUCUUAGUACACUUAAUGGGAGUCGCUUUAUCCUUUUUAGUGCCUUAAUUUGAGAAAAUUAUUUCACCAUCUGUGUAGAAAUUUCAACAAACUUUCCUGUCAGGCUUUUUUUUUUUUUGAUAAUUGGUUUAAUUUAAAAGAUUCCAGAGGUUGAUUUCAACUACACAAACUGAGUAGUGUAAAAUUGUCCGCUACAAAUGAACUUCACAAUUAUCUGCAAUAUAAAAUCUGAACGUUUCCAGUUUAUAAAGGAAUUGCAAAGUAAACGCCGUCAAACUCUUGCCUUGGAACAAGAGUUCAUAUGUGUUAUGAGCAGUAUGAGUUUUUUAAUUUUUUUUUAAACAAAUACCUCCUAAGUAAUUUAUAAUGGCUUUGCAGUUCUGUGUAUCAAAGAAGAAGCACUGGAAAACAGGUUUGCCUGCAGGGUGAUGUGCAUGUUUCAAGUUGUAUUUUGAAAGCCGCACUGGUAGAUAUUUAACAAAUAUACAUAUCUGUUAUUAAUAUGCUAAUGCCUCUGUGCUCAUUUAAUGAGAAAUAAAGGUAAUUUAAAGACUCA